AUGUCAAACCCGAGGGAGGCCCUGCGUUUACCCCUGGCGCAAAGAUCGGGAGAUCCGAUCUCAUCGCCAGAGUCGGUCCGUACGGAUCCAAACGACUUUGCGACACCGCUCUCGCCCAAAUCUAGUCAGAUUAUCAAGGAAGAGGAACUGGAAGAUUGUAGUGCAGAGUUUUUCGUGAAGAGGCUCCGACAACUUUCGUGGACAGCAGCAUCCGGUGAUCCUACCAGCAAACAGACUAGGGAGUCUACCGGCACAAAUGCCGAGAGCUACACAUAUUCUCGGCUGAAGUUCGAUUUUCUACAAUCUGAAGUCUCGUUCCGACUUCCGCCCCGACCAUAUGCAUUCCACCUGCUCCAGGCCUUUGAUGAAGGCUUCAGUGAAUAUCACUGGUUCCUCCGUAAGAGGUUCCGGGAAAGGAUCCUUUUGACCUACUCGGACCCGCAGUCGCAAUCUCACGAUCGCAACUGGUUGUGCAGGGUUUCAGUUGUCUUGGCCCUCGCUGAGAGCUGGAAUCGAUCUCGAAUGUCCUCAGCUGUCCACAUGGAAAUUGCAGGGAAGCAUCCGACCAGUCCACCGCAAAGAGGAGCUGCUGUUCCCUUAACUUUGCCUCCAGAUUCUCAGUCAACGUCGCAAACACUGCCGCCACCUCCGGGGUCCGAAUUCUUCGAACAAGGGUUGAUGCUUCUCAAGAUGUCUGCGGAAGAGCCUGUGCCAGAAGAUGUAGAGGCACUUUGCUUGAUUCCACAUCCUCUGCCCAAGGCCCCAGACCAGCAACGCCAAGUGCGCGUUAUGAACGAACACAGGAAGAGGCUCUGGUGGACAUCCUACUGCAUGGACAGAAUGAUAUCAACGGAGCUUGGCGUCGCUGCCGCCGUGGCUUGUGUGCCAGAAGGCAUGCAACUCCCGUCAUCGGCCGGACUAGACGCUGAAGACCUCGAGGAGUUUUCUGAUCCGGGGCUUCUGACUAUGCAAACUCAGCUCUGCGAGAUCAAGCGGAAUGUUGUAAGAACGGCGGCUCAACACGUUGAUGUUGAUGACGAACGUCGACUAGAGAUUAUUAAGCCAUGUCUCGACACUUUGCAGGAGUGGAGAUCGAGUCUGCCGCAGCAAGUAGCUUUCACCUUCGAGGAGAGCCUGCCUACGAGAUUGAUGGAAGCACCUCACGGUAGAAUCCUUGCAUCCACCUACAUGCGAUAUCACCAGUGCUUCAUCUUACUGUUGAGGCCACUUUACCUUCAAAAGCUUUCCUCAAUCGUUCAAAAGCGACGAUUAAACAACCUACCGAGUUUCACCGGGACCGACACACCACUAGACACCGAUGAUCCGAUGAGAACCGUCAAGAUACAGUGUCUUCAAGCCGCACGGAACAAUUGCAAGAUCCUCCUCGGGCUCUGGAAUUACGAUAAGAUUGCGAAAUUCGGAUACUGGGAAUCUCUACACUUAUUCUCCGGUCUUGCAAUCCUCGCACUCGCCCGAGUCUCCAUCGAGGAAGGUCAAAAUUUUAACCCCAACAGCGAAGACGAUGUAGCACUCUACACGCGGACACGAGCACUACUCAGAGAAAUGGCUCGCGUCGGCAACCCCGCGGCCAAAGAUCACGAUGUCUUGCUCUCAGAUGUUGAGGCAAUGGUGAAGAGAAUCUCACGAGAGGAAAAGACAACACCGCGGCAAUCUAGUGUUGAGAUGACUGACGGUAAUGUGGAAAUGGAGACUGAUCUGAGUUUCUCGGAUUUCAUGUUCUCUGAUGGAAAUGCUGACCAACAGAUCUGGAGUGAUAAGGACUGGGAAAGUAUCUUGAGCACAUAUACGCAAGGCAUUUGA